UUAAAUUUCAACGAUGGCGAGAAUUGGCAAAGGAAUUCAAUCAUGUCUAUCCUGGAUUCAUCAAAGAGAUGGUAGGGUGCCAUCAAAUGCAAUUGAUGCAGGUCAUGCUGUUUACAUUGCUCGUAUAUAUCAUUCUGGAGAUCUAAUUCCUGGUAAAGUUGUACCACAUUUGGGAAAAGCUUAUGUUAGUUAUGAUGGAACAGAAUAUGAAUUCGAUUCAUAUGAGGUAUUAUGUGAUACAAAAUUACCACAUGGUCCCCAACAGUGUUACAAAUGGGAACGACAUAGUAAUGGAUAUGUUCCUAAAUAUGCCGUUGUUGGAGGUAUAACUUCUUCAAAUGAACCACUGUAUAUAGCUCGAGAAUAUAUAAAUGGUGAACGUGUAGUUGGGAAAGUUCAUGAAAGUCAUGAAUGCGCGUAUUUCCCUUAUGGUGGUCAAGAAAGAAAAAUGCAUCAAUAUGAAGUUCUUGUAUUAAUUAAAUGA